UCGGGAUGUGCCGAGUUUUACCGAGCACAGCCGACACAAUCCGGAAGUCUAACAAGCGGGGUUAUAUCGGCCAGCUUGUCCCGAACUACUAGUUUUGUGGGUGCAAUCGCCUUUAAUUAACCCUCUGUAUUGCUUUAUUGUGGAGUCCUCCAUCACGGAAUACCGUCAUGUCGGUUUUAUGUUAUAAUAAAGGUUGUGGUCAACGUUUUGAUCCGGAGAAUAACCUUGAUGAUGCGUGCACCUUCCACCCAGGAGUCCCGGUGUUCCAUGAUGCAUUGAAGGGAUGGUCGUGCUGCAAGAGAAGAACCACCGAUUUUUCCGACUUCCUCAGCAUUGUUGGCUGUACGAAAGCCCCUCACAACAAGGAAAAGCCACCGGAGCCUGUGAAACCCGACGUGAGCUCCUCUGGAGAGAAGAAGGAGGUGGAUGAACAGAAACCAAAGUUCAGCGAGUACAUCAUCUCCGCCCCUAAACCCCAAGGGGCGUUCACCAGACCAAGUGGUGACGAACCAAUGGUGAGGAUGCAGCACAAGGUCUCAGCCUCUCUUCGGCAGGCGCUGGAAAAGAUGAAGCUGUCUGACAACACGACGGAGAUGAAAGAGGAGGAGGGAGAUGAAACCAAGAUUGGCACAUCAUGUAAAAACGCAGGGUGCACAAAGAGCUUUAGCGGUGUGGCUAGCAACGAGGAAGUGUGCGCAUACCAUUCUGGAUUCCCCAUCUUUCACGAAGGGAUGAAGUACUGGACCUGUUGUAAAAGGAAAACAUCUGAUUUCAACACCUUCCUGUCCCAGGAGGGCUGCGUCAAGGGAACGCACAUCUGGAAGAAGAAAGACACGGGUAAGAAAGUGGUCCCGUGUCGGUUUGACUGGCACCAGACCGGAGCACAGGUCAUCGUCUCCAUUUAUUCAAAGAACUCCGUCCCUGAGCUAAGCUACGUCGAGGCUAACAGCACCACGCUCGACAUCCACAUUCUUUUUGAAGGGGAGAAGGAAUUUGCACAGAAAAUAAACUUGUGGGGGGUGAUCGACGUCAGCAAAAGCGUGGUCAACAUGCUGGCGGCCAAGAUCGAGAUCGCCAUGAAGAAGUCCGAGCCCAUGUCCUGGGCUCGGCUGGACCUGCCGCCCCCUGUCCCCCCGCCCAAAGCAACAGAGAAGGAGAAAGACGACGACGAAGACGAGGAGGAGGAAGAGGAGGAGGAGGACAGCGAAGCCGACGAUGAGUUGGAUUAAUGAUUUGUAGAAGCCCCUCUUUUAGCCUCUGAAAAAUGGCCUCACUACUUUGUAUGCUGUCUUCAUGAUAUUGCAAUCCUGCUAAGACACAACCACCACACACACCUCUGAGUCAAGAUCGGUCAGUUUUGCUGACUUUUCACGUCAAAGUGCUUCGGUUUUGUUUGUUUCUAUGUCCAUCCACGUUUUCUGUUCCGUUUCUUCUUGUCGCCCCAUCACAAAAAGUUUGCACAAUGAUAUUCAUGACAUGCGAUGGAAAAGCUUGAACGAUGUUGCUUCUUUAUUCGUCAUUGGCUAAGGAAAGUAUAGAAAGUGGUGUUUCAUCGAAUGGGUGUAAAUCACAAUGCCUGCUUUGCUGAAUGAAUGUAGGACAAUUACUGCAUUAUUAAUAUUAUUGACAUUCAAUCAAGUAUGAUAAAGCCGCAAGUUAUAUUGUUCUGUAAUUUCCUACAUGAGACAUUCAUACAAUCCAGGUUUCUUUUUUUAUUAGGCAUUCACCUCCAUGGCAUGUUUUUUAACUUUAGCACUCUUCAGAGUGUGUAGCUUUAUGUGCAAUCAUUCCUCUUCCAUUCGGCUGUUGAUUUUAAUUGCGUUUAUCCAGAUGACUGUUUUUCUUUGUUAUUAGGUCUCCGUAAAACAACAUUCUACACACCAUUCUGUUGAUUUCCAUUAACUAGUUUUCCCUAAGUUGCGCUAGAACUAAUAGAAAUGAGGGACACCUCCUGGCCACUUACUGCAUUGCAACUCAAAUACUGUACAUUCCUUACAUAGUUGUAUUCUUUUAUUUUAUACUUUGUUUUAUUUCUCAUGGGUAUAUUAAAGGUUGUAUCAGCAAUUCUGAUUGAAAUAUAAA